AUCAUGCUGUUUAGUUUCACUUUCUCUUAGUUUAGCUAUUGGAACAGAUCACUUCAAACCACAACUGCAAUACAGUCAACAGACAAUUAUCCCAUAGCUGCAAUACAGGGAACAGAAAAUUAUCCCAUAGCUGCAGGAUCCAUGUUGGAACGCAGAGUGGCACACAAGAUGAAAUACUUCACAGUUGAGACUGGCAGUACUUUGAGUUCUCAUAUUCAGUUUAUGAGACGACUCAACACCACAAGAUGUUUUACGGAAGUCAAGUCUCCGGUGGAGAGUGAUGUCAUCAUGGCUUUCUGUCCCAUCGUCUCCUGUCUUGGGACUGAUAUUGAAGCAGCACUGCAACAGAUUCCAACUGGUAAAGAUGUCAUUCUGGUAGUGCUGCAUCACACCUUCAGCCCAGACUUCACUGUACCUGACAGCAGCAGACUAGUGACCAGAAGUGAUGUAAAACUCACAGUGGACUGUCUGUUCCAUGAGAGCCAGGGAGGACUACUGGACUGUCCUCGUAAUGAUGCAGCAGUCAGGACUAUUCUGAAGAGGCUGAACAUACAGCCAAAGACCGGACAUCCUGGCAUUCUAGCUGUGACUCAGAGCAUUAUAAUGUGGCCAGUGUCUUCAGUCUACAACUACCUUUUCAAUCACAAUCCACGUACCUCUACAAGACCCCGUUAUAGCAGUGUGAUUAAGAGCUAUUAUAGCUCCUCCAGUGACAGUGGCGAGUGUCUUCAGGCUACAGCUGCAUCUGUAGAGUGAGUUCAUAUGUGAAGCGGCGCUUCUGGGACAAUAAUGAGGUUCAAAAUCCAUGUCCCUCUUCAACACCUCGUUCCAGAAGUGAUGAAAGCAGUUCCACUUUUGUACCAACAAUGAAGAUAUGAGAAUUGUAUUUAUCUAUCAUUUCACGGCCUACUAAAUAAGAAAAUGUAUUUACUUUGGAUGUGAAGAGAAUUUGCAGUUGUAAUGUAUAGUAAUUGGGGCCGAUAUAAAAGAUUUGAUUAAAAAUAAUGGAAAAUAAUAAAGAAGAAACAGGAUCUGUG